AUGUUGAAGAUGGUGAUACUUCCUUUGUUGUUUAUAUCCUAUGUCAAUGCCCAAUGUAAUGCCGCGGCUGGCCAAGUCGCGUUUGCUGAUGAUGGGAAGUGUCGAGAUUGCGAUGGAAUUUUUCCAGGAUGCAGUAAAUGUACUGAGGCUGCUUGCAGUGAGUGCAAAGCAGGCUUCAAGUUUGACAAUGGCGUUUGCACUUAUCUCAACGGGUUUAAAGACGACACGACGUGCCUUGACAAUUACGUGAAAGUUGGGUCGACUUGCCAAUAUUGCCUUCAUUGUAGUGGGAAGUGUGAAGCAGAGAAGUUAUGUACUGGGUGUGAUGAAGGCUAUUACUUGGUGAAUGGGCAUUGUCUUGCUUGUUCACGGUGCAAAGCUGGGAAAUGUACUGUCAGUGGUGGGUGUUCCGAGUGUGAAGACAAUUACUUUGUGAAAGCCAAGCAGUGUAAUACAUGUGGACAGUGUGCCACAGGAAAGUGUUCAUCUACUGGUUGCACUCAAUGUGUCAGUGAUAAGUACACCCUUAAAGAUGGCGUUUGCACUCUUCCAUUGAAAAGUUUGUUUCCUUCAUUCGACAAGCUCCAUUGA